UUACAGUUUUUCUUAAUGACUGGAGUAGGGGGUGAUAAACGGUACCUCGCGAAAAUCGGCCGAAAUGAGCAGUUCGUGGACAGCUCUGAUAUAGUCAAAGCGGCGCACCACAUAAUCGGAAAAAAAGGAGGUGUCAUUCGUCUCUCGCACAACAUGCUUCCUCUUCUGAAAAAUUGCCUUGCGGCGCGACAGGGAAUUGUUAAUUAUGAAGCCUUCACUCGCUAUUCUGGAAUUUUCAUAAACAAGACUUAUUCGACAAAAAGCGAUGCCUCCAAUAAUAUUGUAUUCGAUGUAGUCGAUGGAGUGCGGAUUCCAUUUUUGCUAUCUGGUACUUACUACAAGAACCUUCUGGCUUAUGAUCUCGCAAGACAUUCGUUGGUGUAAGUUAACCUCAAUUUG